AUGCCCCCCAGCCCCAUCCUGUUCAAUCUUGCAAUUGAGCCCCUACUCCGCGUGGCCGAGGAAUCGACCGGUGGCUAUGAGAUCGCGGGUGAAACGGUCGAGGAGCUCGCCUACGCGGAUGACCUCACACUGCUGGCGACAUACGAAGAGGAGAUGAGGAAUAUGCUGCACAACAUCGAAGCAACUGCCAACAACCUGGGUCUCGCCUUCAACGCGAAGAAGUGCGCAACUUUACACUUACGAGGCCGGAACGAUGUACUGGACACCGUGUACAACAUCCAGGAGGAGCCCGUUCCGGCUCUGGGAAAAGGUGAGCCCUACCAGCAUCUAGGGGUCCCAACCGGGGUUCAACUCGAUCAGACGCCCUACACCACGAUCCGUGGCGUGUUAGAGGACCUGGGCGCGGUGGACCAGUCACUGCUCGCCCCCUGGCAGAAGAUCGAGACGGUGGCGACAUUCAUUGUCCCUCGUCUCGAUUUCUUGCUGAGGGGAGCCAACAUGCGGCGAAUGGCCCUGUCGGAGCUCGACAAGGCUAUCAAGCGGACGGUCAAGCUAUGGCUUAACCUGCCCCAGCGGGCUAGCCCGGAGGUGGUCCACAUUCCCCCGUCACUGGGAGGAUGUGGACUCCCCCCGAUAGCCGACCUCGCGGAGGUUACGGCCGUGGCUCACGCAUUCAGGAUGCUGAAUGCGGGUGACACGGUCGUGGCUAACAUCGCGAGGUACUCGCUGGAAGCUGCUGCGAGCGGGAAGCUUUGCCGGGCUCCGACUGGUCGGGAUCUUGCCCAGUACCUGUCGGGCUCUUUGGCCGGGGACUGGUCAAGACCAACGACGGGUCGUUCGUCGUUCUGGUCGAGGGUGCGAUCCGCUGCGCUGAGGUCUGGAGCGCGUCUCGGUUUUCGCUGGGAGUGGUGCGAUGAUCGAGGUGAACUCGCGGUUGUGAUGGAGUCCCGAAAUGGACGUCGGGUGGUCGUGCCGCCUCAAGCCAAGGCACACGUCAUCACCAGGAUGAGGGCCGCAGUGACGGAGCACUACCUGUCCUCGCUUCUUCGGAAGCCGGACCAAGGAAAGGUUUUCCAGGCAACCACCCAACAUGCGGCGAGCAAUCGCUUCAUGAGGGGUGGUGCGUUUAUCCGCUUCGCUGAUUGGAGGUUUAUUCAUCGCGCCCGCCUUGACGUGCUCCCGUUAAACGGAGCCCGUCGAUGGGGGAGCGAUGAUAAGCGCUGCAGGCGAUGCGGAUACACGCUGGAAAGCCUUCCUCAUGUGCUCUGCCACUGCGGUCCUCAUUCUGCCGCCAGGCAGAGGCGGCACGACAACCUCGUCACGAGGUUGAGUAGGGCGAUCCGGCUCCCCGGUGAGAUCCGGGUCAAUAGGCGUAUUCCCGGGGCGACAGGAGAGUCCUCGGCGCUUCGCCCGGACAUCGUGGUCACGCACGAAGCGUCGAGGACUGUAGUGCUGGUCGAUGUAACCGUGCCCUUCGAAAACACGAUGCAGGCCAUCGCAGACGCGCGCCUAGAGAAAAUUAACAAAUACAAAGAUUUAGCGGAUUCUCUACGAGGGCGCGGUUACAAAGUUUAUCUAGAUGCGUUCAUUGUGGGCGCCCUGGGCGCCUGGGACCCGGGGAACGAGUUCCUCCUGGAAUUACUACGUAUUUCACCGCGCUACGCGUCAUUAAUGCGAAAGCUAAUGGUAGCGGAAACCAUCGCGUGGUCCCGGGACAUUUACGUCGAGCAUGUCUCGGGAAUAAGACAGUACACGGUGUCCAGUACUGAAAAUAAUAAUGAUACCGUGGCAGAGGAUGACUUGGAAGGCGAGGCCCAGGAGUCCUCAUCUCCUCGAAUGGCAGGAGCAACGACAUAG